AUGGCCCCUGGAAUUUCAGAUACCUCGCUUCCCGUGCGCUCUACGCCCAGGCAGUAUCCUGUACCGUUGAAAAAGAGUGGUGCUCUGGAUAAGUUCUCGUUUGAAGAGACAACGCCUGCUAUUGGCCGUGAAUAUCCUACUGCCAACAUUGUCGAUGACCUGCUGAAUGCUGAGAAUGCUGAGGAGCUGGUGCGAGAUCUUGCUAUUACAAUCUCCGAGCGGGGUGUUGUCAUUUUCCGUGCCCAAGAUAACCUCACCGACGAGCUGCAGAAGAAGUUGGUACAGCGCCUAGGAGAGUUGGCUGGCAAGCCGGCAGAUUCAACUCUACACAUCCACCCGGUACUUAACAACACAAGUGAAUUCGGCGUGAGCGACCCACAGGUCAGCACCAUCAGCUCACUUGCCCGCAAGAAGAUGUUCCGCCACGAGAACCAGCCCAAUAAGCGUCGCUAUGACUCAGCCCAGUGGCACUCUGAUAUUCAAUUUGAACCCGCCCCGGCCGACUACACCUCACUGCGAUUGACCCAGCUGCCCAAGACUGGAGGGGACACUCUCUGGGCGUCAGGAUAUGAGCUUUAUGACCGGUUCUCUCCGGCGUAUCAGAAGUUCUUCGAGGGUCUGACGGCAACUUAUACUGGCACGGGCUUCCUCAAGGCGGCUGAGAUGGAUCCUGUUAAUGUCAAGGUCUACACUGAGCCCAGAGGAAGCCCGUUGAAUAUCGGCGGGGAGCUGUCUACGGUUCACCCCAUCGUACGAACGAACCCCGUUACUGGCUGGAAGAGCAUUUAUGCGGUUGGACCAUUCCCUCAACAUAUCAAUGAGCUCAGCAAAGGUGAGUCGGAUGAGUUGCUGAAGAAGUUUUACAACACUAUUCUUGAGAACCAUGACCUCCAGGUGAGGCUGAAGUGGAGAAACCCUCAUGACAUCGCGAUCUGGGAUAACCGCAGUGCGUUCCACACUGCUACGUUUGAUUAUGAAGGCCUUGGGGACCGAUUCGGCCACCGCGCGGUCGGUAUCGGCGAGGCACCGUAUUUGGACCCAAACAGCGUAUCCAAGGCCGAGGCAUUGGCUGCUGAGGGUCUCUAA